ACUCUACAGCUCACAGGAGCUGCAACGGCUUUCACUUUCGGUGGUCUGGCUGAUCAGGCGAUGGAUGUUGCCUCUUUUGGUGGUGGAAACGUUCUGGAAUAUGAUGACGUGUCCCCUCUGUUGAAUAUUGCCAGCCAUCUCGGGUACUGGGCUACGUUUGGUGAGUCUGACUGGUCGAAGAGGCGUAUCAAAACUUGGGUUAACAAGCCGAUGCCCUUCCCGAACAGUGCAAGGGUCCGGUACACGUGGAACAUCGGUUCGGCUGCCCAACUCGGAUCAGAUUCUUUACCUCGCCAGUUCUACAUUAUACCCCCGCAUAAGCAUUUCAAUAUGUGGGCUCGGAAUCUCGAUGAGAGAGCGGCUGUUCACAAGGAAAUUGUCGGCAUCAAGAACUGGACUCAU